AGUGCUUACUCCACUGAUCUCUCUCUCUCUCUCUCUCUCUCUCUCUCUACUCUUUUGUUUUUCUUUGUUUCCAUUCAUUCCCCAAACUCCACGGCAUCAUUCUCGGUGACAAUCCAGAAGAGUUCUCUCUCUCUCUCUCUCUCUCUUUCUCUCUCUCUGUGAAUGACAGAAUUCAGUAGAAGAUUGGGGAGUGAAGAGAUUCAACAUUAUUUUUCUACCACUUCAGCCCACUGACAGUUGCAGCGUUUAAGUAGGAUCGAUUUUUUGAGACAGAAUUCGAUUAGUUAUAAAUUAGGAUGGCUGAAAGGAAACUAAAUUUCAGUGCUCCCCUUAUGUCUGUGAGGCGAAUUGCUUCGAGGCCGAUGUCUCCAAUUCGAGACAACAGGAAGAUAGUCAAGAAUUCCUCACCCAAUAGACGACAAAUGACAAUUGUAAGAGAUUCUCCUUCUGAACCAGACUUUAAUUUGGAGCAAGUAACUGAACCUGUGGCAGUUCCUUUUAAUUGGGAGCAAAUCCCAGGACAACGUAAAAAUGCCGACAAACCUGAGCGUCAGCCUAGAGAGGCGACUUCUAUUACUCCUAGGGUUCCCCCAGGGAAUGUUUUUGAGGUCGCAAAGCAACCAUUGGAUACACAUUAUGCAUAUAGAAGUGAUACCAGGCCCCAAAUCAAAACACUGUAUUCUUGUAAUUCCAAUGUGGCUGAGUCUAAUAAGUACUCGAAAGAGGCAACAAAUGAGAUAGGUGCCUUGGAAUUGGAUGUCGAAGAGGAGGAUGUUUAUUCUGAUGCACUUGACACACUAUCUUCGAAAGAGUCUGUUUCCUUGAACUGCAGUGGAAGUGGUCUGAGUGGAUCUGAUGGUGCAGGCUUACUGAAGCCGUCGGGAAGCUUUUCAACUGAUCCACAAACUCGAGAUUUUAUGAUGAAGCGCUUCUUGCCUGCAGCCAAGGCCAUGGCAUUAGAGGCGCCUCGUACUUAUUCUCCGAAAAGGCAAGCUUCGGUAGUGCAGGAACAACCUAGAGAAGUCAAGAAAGUGAUUGGUGAGGAGAAGAGGCCUUUGAAUGAUUUAAUAGGGUCUAGUUUGGUACCACGCUAUGGGGAUUAUCAAGAUGCAGAAGAUGAAGAAGAAGACAGUGAAGAAGAAGAAGAAGUUGAUCGUCACUAUGAUGACCCUAGAAAUCUAUCAAUGAGAGGUUGUGGCUUCUUUCCUCGGCUAUGCUUUCGAAAUUCCUUAAGCCUCUUAGGUCCAGUUCCCGGGCUGAAAGUCAAGACAGGAACACCGCGUAAAACUGCUUCUAAUCAAUCUCACAGCAAAAGUGUCAAGAAGGCUUGGGAUUCUACUUUUAAGCAAAAAUCAGAUGGUGGGUUUCGAUCAUCUGAGCUGCUGGCGGUUGAGAAUAAGAGGGCUGGUGAAUCCAAACGGUAUACAUAUUCAGGUGACCUACAAAGAGGAAGACUAUCUCCCUUGAGAAAUUCACGGGCCGCGGACAUUGCCUCAAAUGAUAAGCAAAAAACAGAUAUUGGAUUUAGAUCAGCUGAACUGAAGGCGUUUGGUGAUUCCAGACAGUUGACAUACUCAGGCGACCUGCAGAGAGGAAGGCUAUCUCCCUUCAGACAAUCACGGGCAAGGGAGAUGGAUUUCAGGGAUUAUAAAAAUUCAGAUAUUGGAUGUCGAUCGGCUGAACUGAAGGUGGUCCAAAAUAAGUUGAUCAGUGAGUCUAGACGGUUGACAUACUCAGGUGACCUGCAAAGAGGAGAGUCAUCUCCCUUCAGAAAUCCACGGGCAGCGAGCAUUUCUCCUUACCGAAACCAAUCAUCCCAGUCUCCCUUCCGAAGAGCAGCGUUCCUUGGAGUUCCACAGGAGGAGAGUGUCAAGGCUGCCAAAAAUAUUCUCAGCGUCUAUAGCAAAAGCAGCAACAAGUUUCAGGAUACAUCAUCAAAUCACAGGAACAAACAAGGGCCACUUUCAAUGAGCCCUGCUGUUGAGAAAACACUGUAUGUAGAUACUGUAAAUAAUGCCGAGACUUUGUAUUCAAAUUCAGGUUCCUUUGAUAACAAGGCACAAAUGAACUCUGCUGGUGAGGACUUUGCACACUUGUUAGUAUUGGCUAGAGAAAUGCAAGAAGCUUCUGCAGAAUCUGUAUUCCAAGAUAUUAAGUGUCUAAACAAUGUGGAGAAAAAAUCCAUACUGGCAACCAAAGGCCUAGUCUCUGUUGAUGGUAAUAAGUCUUCUUUAUUCGGAGACUCCAAACUAGGACUCGGCCAAGAAGCCAAGUCCUUGGACUCCUUAGAAUUGGCUCUUAAGGGAAAUCCAAAUAAGAACAGUGAUCUGAUUCCAAAAGAGGAUUUGGGAGAUAUGAAUUCCAGUUUGGUCCCAUCCUCGCUUCCCCCACCUCUACCGAGAUCACCUUCUGAGUCCUGGCUUUGGCGAACCAUCCCUUCAAUCCCUUUGAGGAACUCAUUUUUGAAAUCGAGGUCUAAAACACCGGAGUCAAAGACAUCUUCGACGAGCACCAAGUGGGAAACGAUUGUAAAGACUUCGAACUUGCAUCACGAUCAUUCUAUGUAUUCGGAGGAAUUAGUCGCUCAUAUUUCUAAGCAAUCCAAAACUUAGAAAAUACCAAGGUUCUCAAGAAUAAGUCUCUCGCUUGAUAUAUUUUGUUUCGGAGAUUUUACUUGGAAGUAACUGAAGAUGGCCAUGAUGUCUUGGCCGAGCCGGUUGUUUGAGGUCUUCUUCUUCCUAUAUUGACUUUGAAACCGAGCCGUUUCAUGACAUUUUUGUUGUUUAGAUAACUAAGCAGACAAGGUUUGUUCAGGUCUUGUUUUCAGCGAGCUAGCUAUACAUGAUUUUUUCUUUUUCUCUUUUUUCUUUCUUGAUAUACCCACAAGGCAAUGGUGAGAUGGGCAAAGUUCCUUGUAACAGCAGUUUUAUUUUUGGCCUGAAAUUCUAAUGUACCUGACUUUAUAAUGACUGUACUGUAUAGAAAUUAAUAGCACAUUGUUGGUAAUGAAUUGGAGAUGCAUUUUUCUUAUAGCUUCAAUAUUGAAAUUCUAAUGUACCUGACUUUAUAAUGAUUGUACUGUAUAGAAAUCAAUAGCACAUUGUUGGUAAUGAA